AUGGGUGUCGGAAACAAGCGCACGCUCACCAAAACAAGACGGAAGACACGGGAUGUGGACCAAGUCAUAUCCGAUCUUCGAUCCCACAAACACCUGACACAAUACAAAGAGACCAAGUUGCCUCAGGAUCUCCCCGGGCUUGGGAAGAAUUACUGUGUUGCAUGUGCCAGGUGGUUUGACACUCCCUUUACCCUGGCUACCCACGAGCGCGGAAAGCCGCACAAGAGAAGGUUGAAGCAGCUGCGAGACGAAUCCAAGGCCACCUCGAAACCCGGACAAUCGAACGAUCUGAAUCUCGACAAGCCAGAGACAGCGCAAGAUCCUACCGAUGCUGGCGUUGAAAUGGUUCUGUAG